UUUUUGAAGGUCGUACAGAUUCGAACUAUGUCCUUGAGUAGAUUAUGGAGUUAUUCUUUCGUAAAAUUUUUUCGUACGACUAGUUGUCCAGCUAAGUCGGUUCGUAGACUUUUGAGUACAAAUGAAUUGGCAGAACAAUCCGUAUACCAGCCUCAAGUACAGUCAGUUCCACACACGAAAAAUUCAUGAAUUUAGUUGGGCAUUAAAAGUUUGGACAUCGGAAUCCAACUGUCCUCAAAACCUGUACAUGUUUUUUGUGGUCCUCAUUGAGAAUAUCUGGAAAAGUUGUUACUUCAACAACCAUUUUCUCCUCCUGAUGCUCGAGUUCUAAAGAUUGCCGUGAUUGGCUGUCCAAAUAGUGGAAAAUCAAGUUUAGUAAAUAUGCUUACCAAGUGGAGAGUUUGUGCUGUGUCCGGAAAAGCUCACACUACCCGGUCGAAACAAACAGCUACAUAUUUUCAAAAUAAUGUCCAGUUGGCAUUUGUUGACCUACCCGGACUUGUUAGCAGAUCAAAAGCCUCCAGAUUCAAACUUGAAAGAACGUUCAUUCGAGAUCCACAUUCUGCUAUUUUUGAUUCUGAUAUGAUUCUUGUGGUCGUCGAUGUCAGUCAUAAGGAAUCACGUGAAGUACUACAUGAAGAGAUUGUAAAAGCACUACACUUCUUCAACAAUAAGGAAUCAAUAUUAGUAUUAAACAAGAUUGAUAGAUUGUCUAAAAAUCCAACAAGACUAUUGGAAAUUACACGGAAACUUACUGGUGGCAUUGUGCACGGUCGACGUUCACAUAUUGAUAGAUACGCAAAUCGAUUCAAGCGUCAAGCAGAGUUAGCCAACACAGCUCAUCAUCUCAUUCCUCCUAAUGAAUUGAUUGCAGCUAGAUUACCUGCUGUAUGCCAUCAGACAACGAAUAAAUUUCUUGUUUAUAUGAAUAAUUUACUAGCUCAGAUUGAAUCGACACAAGUUGACGUGGACAGAACAGAUUCUACAUUACUACCAGCUAAUAUGGUAGACAAAACGUCGUUUUCAGUUGCUGUCGUGAAAGAUCAUUUUCUAACUGAUGUGGAAAAACAGAGUUCCGAAACAUUUCUCGGUUACCAUAACAUACUAAGAAAUAAUAAAAUAAUGCCCUCAGAUAUUCAAGGGCUUUCUGAAUCAAAGACUGAAACCAACCAACAUCUUUUGAACACAUUUGAUGAAUCGAAUCAAAUUCUUGGUGUGAAUGAUAAUACGGAUUGUAUCGAUUCCAUGUUGGAAACUUUAAAACAACAGUUGUUGCUUCAAACAGCAUCGCCUGAAGAAGUUUGUAAUCGUCGAAAACGUUGGUUAGAGAUAACAAAGGCAACCAAAGGUGUUACAAAGUGGUUAGGUUUCAGUGAGGUUUUUAUGGUAUCUUCGUUUAUAGGUGAUGGAAUAGACAAAUUAAGGGAUUUCCUUGUAUCCAAAGCUGUACCGAGUCGCUCUUGGAUCUUACCUCCCACAAUGAUAACUGAUCAGGAACCAAGUGAGCUCAUACGAAUGUGUGUAUGGUCACAUUGUUUAAACAAAUUACGACAAGAAAUUCCCUACUCCUUGCAUAUUAUCGUGGAUGAUUGUGACAAAAUUAAACUGGACACUGGUGAUGAUCGUGUAUACGUUCAUGUCCGCAUACAAUGUAAAAGUGAACGUCAGUUAUUAAGUGUUUUAGGUAUGAAAGGAAAUACAAUAAAGGAGAUUUCAAGUGCUGUUAAACUGGAGCUUAUGACAAUGUUCCGAUGUAAUACAGUUGUAAAAUUAACUGCCGAGUUAUCCAAAAUCGAUUCCCAUAUAAAAAAGAAACUUCGUAAUGCCAAAGACUUUACUGAAGUCUUUCCAUUAAAAGACAAAUUGGAAUAAUUUAUUUCAGAAUUUUAUUUUUAAAUGAUAUCUUUUUCCUGUCCUUUUAACCAAAUUAUUUAGUUUUGUAACAACAUUAAAAACCGGUAGAUUUUAUAUGAUGAAUUCGAAUGAGUAUUGCAUUGUAAUUAAUACACUAAGUGCACUUUUUUUUCUUUAUUGUACGGUUACUUACUUGCUUCGGUACAACAUCAUCCACCUGUUUAUAACAUUUUCAUAAGUUACCUAAUAAUUACACAUCAAAUCAUGCUAGAACCCCAACCCCAAAAUUAUCGAGUUGGGUUAUGAGCGUACUAUUACAAGUGUGUCAGAUACGUCGGACUAUCAAAUAAAAUCAAACGAUUUUUGAUUUCUCUGCGUAUUAAUGUAUAAACAUGUCAAAAUAAUAAAUGAUUUUUCAAAAAAUAUAAAUUUGCUUGUGU